AUGGAUCAUGACAUUUUGGAGUCUCCUGAACGCUUGCUCCUGAUUGCUGGUCCUUGCUGGAAGGAGCAAUUCAGGUCCAACGUGCUCCGAGGCAAAAAGUUGGAAGCUAGACAACCAAAGGAUUUGGCAGCAAUUACAUUCUACCAUGAAAAAAAACAUAGUUCCUCCUUAAGUACAUCGCCUCCGUCAUCGAUUUCAAUCGAUAUCAAGUCACCCUCUUUCAUAGAAUCGUGCCCAAGUACUGGUUUCACACUAAAUACGACAUCGGCCUGUGCUGAUCUUCCAAAACCUUUGGAUCCAGAAUCGGGCGAAACGAAUCUACUGGAUAGAAUUAACUUGAAGAAUCACUAUACAUCUGAAACGGACAAACUAAUCUUCGUGCCUGUUGGGGUUGAGGAGCUGAGUAGCAAACCAGGCUGCUGUCUGGCUCAUAGAAACCUACGUCUAAUCACUAUGUGA